UUUAAAGCCGUCCUAACAGCGGGAGGUUGCUAUUUCGUGCCCUCUCUUUCCCUCGUAUUUGCUCUCUCUUUCUCGGAGAAGAGAAAGGAGUGUAGAGGAAAGCCUAGCAAUGUCUCUUGUUGCGAACGAAGACUUCCAACACAUUCUCCGUGUUCUGAACACGAACGUCGAUGGAAAACAGAAGAUCAUGUUUGCCCUGACUUCCAUCAAGGGUAUUGGUCGCCGUUUCGCCAACAUCGUCUGCAAGAAAGCUGACGUCGACAUGAACAAGAGAGCUGGUGAACUCACAGCUGCUGAGCUCGAGAACCUCAUGGUGAUUGUGGCAAAUCCACGCCAGUUCAAGAUCCCUGAUUGGUUUUUGAACAGGAAGAAGGACUAUAAGGAUGGUAGGUAUUCCCAGGUUGUUUCCAACGCUUUGGACAUGAAGCUGAGGGAUGAUCUUGAGCGUUUGAAGAAGAUCAGGAACCACCGUGGUCUCCGGCACUACUGGGGUCUUCGUGUUCGUGGGCAGCAUACUAAGACCACUGGCCGCAGGGGGAAGACUGUUGGAGUCUCCAAAAAGCGAUGAAUUGCCUCCCUCGUUGGGCAUUUACUGUUUUGGAGUUUCUUUUAUUGCAAAUUUUGUUUGUUUGCUUUUUGAGUUGUCUUCUCCCGUGAUUUUCAUGUCAGUUCACUUGUGGGUCUGAUGAAUUCAUGGAUGUUUUUAGAUUGUCUUUUUAUACAUUUCUUAUUUCUUAUACUAUGUCACCUAUCGUCCUCCUGAACAUUUAUUUACACAUCGUUUCUCCUUUGAGAACCACCUCAAAUAGGUCGAUUUCUUUCUUUAUUCGGUAAUCGGUGGUUGAGCAUUGUUGUAGAAUUGCUUUGAUCUUGAAUAAUUUAUACUUGA